AUGGCUCCAGAACACCUCGUCGACAAGAAAACAUCAUUUUCCAGCUUUGCAAAUGUACUGGACAGCAGGAUAUUGCGAGCCCUAGCGGAUAUGGGCUUUGCUCGACCAACUCUAGUUCAAGCAAAAGCUAUCCCACUCGCUUUGGAAAGUCGAGACAUAUUGGCAAGAGCACGGACUGGUAGUGGGAAGACUGCGGCGUAUUGCAUUCCAGUAGUUCAGAAGAUUCUGAGUGCCAAAAACGGAUUGGACGAGGACGAUCCCAAACGGAGGGCUACGAGAGCGUUGAUUCUGGUUCCAACACGCGAGCUGGCGGAGCAGGUUUCGGGGUACUUGCGGACGCUGUUGGUUUAUUGUGAUCAAGAAGUUACACUUUGUAAUGCGACUUCUGGAUCUGCGUCUCAUUUACAAAAACAACUACUGGCAGAUCAGCCAGAUAUCCUUAUUGCAACACCCUCCCGGACGCUUUCCCUGGUGCAGUCAAAAGCACUAUCCCUUGGUUCUAUCGACUCCCUUGUCAUCGAUGAAGCCGACCUUAUUCUAUCAUACGGUCACGACGACGAUGUCAGACAACUCUUCAAGGGCUCUCACUUCCCCAAAGUGUACCAGUCAUUCUUGAUGAGUGCAACCAUGACGGAGGACGUAGAAAUGCUCAAGGGAUUGACGCUUCGUAAUCCUGCAAUCCUGAAACUGGAGGAAGGAGAGGAUGAAGCUGCUUUGCUUACUCAGUACGCUGUUAGGUGUUCUGAAGUGGACAAGUUCCUUUUGACAUAUGUCAUCCUCAAACUCAAGCUCAUCAAGGGCAAGUGCAUCAUCUUCGUGAACGACGUCGACAGGUCAUAUCGGUUAAAGUUGUUCUUGGAACAAUUCUCGAUAAAGAGUUGCGUCCUCAACUCGGAGCUGCCUUUGAACUCGCGUUACCAUACGGUACAAGAGUUCAACAAGGGUGUUUACGACUACAUUAUCGCCACCGACGAAGCAGGUGUCCAGGAUGAAUAUGACACGGAAGAUGAGGACGAGGGUGAUGGGGAGGGAGAGGAAUUUACUUCGACGCAGCGAGGCGAGGCAGACGAAAACGAAGCUUCAGAAGAGGAAGAAUCGCCCAAGAAGUCCAAAAACCAAGGCAAAAAACGCAAACGCGUCGACUCACCUGAGCCAUCCUCCAAAUCCAAAAAACGGAAGCAAAGCAAACAUGUCAGUGACAAGGAGUACGGUGUUACACGAGGUGUCGAUUUCGUGGAUGUUGCUUGCGUCCUCAACUUUGACCUACCCACUUCCUCUCGCUCGUAUACGCACAGAGUCGGUCGAACGGCACGAGCUGGUCGAACGGGAAUGUCGCUCUCCUUCGUUGUGCCUCGGGAGCUCUGGGGAAAGGAUAAGGUUGUGGGUGGAUUGCCCAGCGCAGAGCACGAUGAGAAGGUGUUUAAGAGGAUUGAGAAGGAGCAGGGGGCGAGAGGGAGCACAAUCAAAGAGUACAAUUUUGAUAUGAAGCAAGUCGAAGCGUUCCGAUAUCGAAUGCAGGAUGCGCUCAGGAGUGUGACGCGUGCUGCUAUUCGGGAGGCGAGGGUGAAGGAGCUGAAGACGGAGAUUCUGAAUUCAGAUAAACUGAAGGCCCACUUCGAAGAUAACCCCCUUGAUCUGGAGUACCUCAGACACGACAAGCCGCUUCAUCCUGCCCGAGUGCAGCCUCAUAUGAAGCAUAUCCCCAAAUACCUCCUCCCUAGGAUAGCGCCCGCCGUCAACGCAGAAGCGAGUUCCGGAGCUGAAGGAACAGAAUCGAAAGGGUUCGUGCCAUUCAAGAAGAACACGAGUAACAACAGGGGCCGUGGUCGGGGAAGAGGGCGUGGAGGUAGCGCUGGCAGAGGGAGGAGGAAGAAUGAUCCUCUGAAAAAGUUUGGUCGGUGA